CACUGACAUACAGCUUCCAUUAAGUAAAGGCUGGACUGCCACGCAUGGUAGCAGUGUGUCCGUUGCCGUGUUCAACUGGAAAACCGAAGACUGCCUAUACAACUUCAUUUUAGCAAUAACAGCUAAACGCGUUUCACAAAGUCUAGAAUGUGAACGAGAGAGAUGCAUGUACAGAUGAUAGCGUUGCCCUCCUGGCAACUCGUUCCAUCCGUCUUCGUUGGACUUCUGUUGGGCAGCCUGUGGGGAGGCUCUUCUGGCACAUGGGAACCGAUACGGGCUUUACUGCGAAGGCUUCACCCCCAAAAGGAACAAAAACGCAGUCAGGAGGUUCCGCCUCCAUCAGACCAGACCAGAUGGCUGUUCCAAAACAUGCUUGGAAGGCUGUAUGGACUCACGGUAUCGUACCGGCAGCUAUGGCUCCUGCUGAGCAACGCACCUGCAACCACAGCCACCUCCGCUGCCUUCACCCUAGCCUUCAGCGGCUCCCUGCUCAGGGUCCUCGCCCACGGCCUGUGCCUGCUGUGGCUGGCCCUGGACGGUCAGAGCUACUUCCGCGCGGCGCCCUCCCUGCACCUGCCCCUCACCCUUACCCUCGCACUCGCAGCCAUUGCGCGCCACUGCAGCGGCCUGCUGCCGGUGCACUUCCAGGUCCAGCUGAUCCAGCACGGCAUGUUCCUCAUCCUGCAGCAAGACGCCAAGGACCUGUUCCUUGUGCAGCUGGGUGUGGUAUCGCUGGUGUAUGAGAUGGCGCACGCAGCACAGCCGUACGUGCACAAGUGGGGCUCGGAGGGGCUGCUAGGAGGCAGUGCCGGCGCUGCGGCCUCCAGCACUGCCGCCGCGGCCCUGGUGAAGGGCGGCUUGGGAGGCAGGUUGCGGUAUGAGGCGGGCACCUGUGCGGCUACUGCGGCUGUGACAGCUACGGGGGACACGCAUAGCAUCAACGCGGCGCUGCAGUGCAUGUCGUUCCUGGGGCUCUGCCUGGCGCUGAUCUUCAUCUACAACGUCUUCUCCAAGACCUUCCUUCCGCCCUCACCGCUGGUGGCACCCAGCAGCUCCUCUCCCAACCCCCCCGGAGCCCUGCCGCACAGCAGCUCCCGGCUGGCGGCCGCAGAGGGCCUCCUCCCCUCCAGCCUGCAAGAGCCGAUUCCGGAGGGAAGCACCUACUUACGGGGAGUAGCAGCCGCAGGUAGCAGCAGCACCGCUCUGUCACUGUCGCUGCCGCUGCUGGGAAGUCGUCGGGCGCGGCGCUUCAGCGCCGUUACCAGCGUGCCUGAGGACACCAGCUGCAUGUCGCCUGCCCCCUCCCUGGCCAGCUGCGUGGUGUCGCCCAUCCCAGGGCACUCCACAACCGGCCUCAGCCAGUUCACGUUGCACGUGAUGACGCGUUCGUACAUCCUGAAAGUGGCGCUGUCACGUGCCGUUACCUGCGUGUGCGGCGCCAUGUUCGGGGUUGCGGUUGUGAAGGACCUGGCAGCGGGGGCGCCGCUGGCGUCACGGGCCGUGUCGGUGCUGGGGGUGUUGGCGGUGCUGGGGGCCAACGCGGGGCAGCUGGUGCUGCUGUGGCGGCGGCCGCAGCAGUACCUGCGCAGCGCGGACCGCUACAACAAGGCGGUGUGGGGGGUCACGCUGGCGGGACUCAUCGCACCGCAUGUGGAGCCGUGGGUGGCCGCCGGCGACCCGGAGGCGAUGACGGUGUCGGUGCUGUUCCUCUCCCUGCACGCCGUGGUGCACGACGACAGCUUCGGCUGGUAUGUGGCGCAGCAGCUGGUGCUGCUGGCGGCGGCGGCGCUGCAGUCGCUGCUGUGGUCGCACGCGGGCGCCCCGCACCGCCGGAUGGACAGGCUGCGAGACAUCACCCUGUAUUGCGUCAUCUGCUGCGGCGCCUGCCUGGCGCACGUCGUCAACCACCAGUUCAUGCUCUACUCGCGGCAGCCCAUCUCCUCCUCCGCCGCCUCUCAACAGCAGCGCACCGGCCGCCGCAUGAGCAGCAGCAGCAGCGCGGACCACGCCCGCAGCCGGCGCUUCAGCCUGGAGUCCGGAGGAGGAGGAGGAGGAGGAGGAGGCGGGGCACCCGACAGGGACCUGGCAGGGCAGCCUGCCUCAACCACGCCACAACAGCAACUGCUUCCUCCUGAGCAGCACCCUCAACCCCGCCGAGCCCAAUUCCAGCCCGCCGUACGCCAUGUAGGCUUCCCUGCCACAGACUCCGCCGGCCGCCCGUCCGCACCUUCGUCCCCCAGCCGUACUGCAGCCCUGCCUGAGCCGCCCGAACCACCCUCCCGGCUGCAAGCCCGCGCCUCCCCCUUGAGCAGCAGCUUCUCCCUCAACGGCCCCUUGCCGCUCCUGACCGACCUUGCCACCGCCGCCUCAGUCGACCGGCCGCCCAGCCCGGCUGCCGCCCCCCCACUGCGCGACGCCAGCCCCUCCUCCGGCUCCCGCGCGGGUGCGCUGCGGGUCCCCACCCGCCGCGGCCGGGUGUCCUCCAGCCCCGCAGCAGUGCAGCAGCAGGAGCUGCUGCCGCUUCCGGGCGGCGGAGGAGGCGCUGUUCAUCCGCAGGAGGAAGAGGAGGAGGAGGAGGAGACCCUGGCUGGAGCAGGCGCCGCAGCCGCCGCCGCGGCCACUGCUGCCGCGCGACGGCUGCAGCAGCAGCAGCAGCAUGCCGCGCUGCAUCCCACGCUGUCAGAUGCGCAGCUCCCGCUGGUCAGGCAGCAACAAGGCCCCGCAGCGGAAGAGGGUCCUGCUGGGCUGCCUCCCCUGGCGGGGGCCAGGGGCCGCCGUCAGGUGUCCGCCAGCCAGUCUGGGCCGCAUGUGGGGGUGCAGGAGGGCGGAGGUGCUCCGGCGCUGGAGUCGCCCACACCGUAUGCGAGUGUGGAGCUCUCCGAGGCACCUGCGGCGGAGGCGGAGCGGCUCCAGCAGGCGCUUGCGCAGGGGGCUGAGCUGGCUGCAGCCAGCAAUGCAGGGGAGCCGUCGCAGCCCAAGGAGUUGGGGCUGUCCUCGGCCGCAGGUGGCAGUGGUGGUGAUGGUGCUACUGCUGCAGCGCACCUUACCGCCGCAGUGGCCGUUCCAGAUGCGGCUGCUGCUGCUGCUGUGGAUAACGCGGGUGCGGCGGCAGGGGGAGGGGUAGCGCGGGAGGUACCGGUAGAAGCGCCCGGCGGGAGGCUAGCAGCCGCGCCGUCCUAUGUCACCGGCGACGAGGAAGUGAGCCCAUUCGCCCGCCAUGUGACACCGGACACACCCCCAGCUGCAGCAUCGGCGUCAGCAUCAACAUCAGCCGCGCCCCCUGUUACGGUGCCAGAUGCGGCGUCCUCCUCCUCCCUCCCAGCACCCACGCCAGUCGACGUCGCCAAGUCCCUUUCCGACACCGAUGCACCGCACGCGGUCAACGUUCCCGACCCGCGGGUCUCACCCAGUCCACUGCUCACCGCUGUGGCCGCCUCCCCCACCUCCACCCGGGCCCAGCGGUACCUCUCCGGGCCACAGUCCCCCUUCACGGCCCCCAACAUACCACCCCCUGGAGCCUCCGCCAGUUCCGGCCCCCUGAAAUCCACGACGGGUGCAGUACGGGCGCUGGGAAACCAGCUGCGCCACCUGACCUCAACCUCCAGCCACGGCAGCCUGGCGCCGGUCGGCGAGCCCGCUGCCGCCGUGGUGGAGUGCAAGCUGGGGGCGAGCAGCCGCUCUGCUCACUCGCACUCGCACUCGCCGCCUGCGCGGUGCGGGUGCAGCCCGGGUGCCGCUGCGGGCGGGGGGGCGGCGGCGCGGGAGGGGGGGCGGAGGCGGCUGGCGUCGGCGCUGCCGGAGGGAUUGUGCGCCCGAGAGGACACGGUGCCGCGCGACAUUGUCUUCGCCGUCAUCUACUCGGCUCAGCACGCCUCGGACGUCGUGCACCUGCUGCGCGCCUGCACCCCCGGCGCCGUGACGCGCACCUGGAUUGCGGCGGCGCUGCUGUACAGUGUCGCGCUGGUGGCGGGGCUGUGGUACCUGUGCGCGUUGCGCCGCCGCGACCCGUGGGUCACUUCGCGUCGGGUGCGCACCGCUGUUUGGACGGUGCGGCUGACGGUGCUGCAUGCGCUGCGGUCGACGCUGUACAUAGCAGCCGGCAUGGAGGUUCCCAGCCUGCUGGGUCGGGCGAUCGUCUCCUCGGUGGCGUUUGGCUUGAUUGGCCUGUCGGCGAGCUCCUUCCUGCGCUCCAUGCCCAUCAAGAUCAUCGUGGUGUACAGCCUGAGCUGCAUCAAGGACCCCUCGCGCCUCGCACCCCAGCGCCUGAUCGUGUCCCUGGCCACCUACUUUGUCCUCUCCACCCUCGCCUACACCGUCGCCGCCGCCGCCGUCGCCGCCGCCCCCAUCCGUCACCACCGUCACGCUGCGGCCCACUGCGCCUUCGACGCAGCCGCAUCCAACGCCGCGCUAGAGAGGAAACUCGCCAGGCGGCGUCGUAAAGCCCGCAUCAGCGACGAACUGCUGCUAGGCUCACUAAACAUCUCGGAUGAUGGAGAUGAUGAUGAUGAUGAUGGUGACGACGACGGAGCUGAUUUGUACGACGACAACGAUGAUGAUUCUGCUGACUUGUACGACAGUGAUGAUGCCGACCUGGCGGACGGCGUCCUGCCUCGCAACCGCUUCCGUAGCGGGGUGUGCGGCCUGAGCACUGCUGACUUUGGCGUGCCGAGCCUGGAGGAACGAACCGGCAGCGGCAGGCCGGUGGGCGGCGCCGGCGCCGGUGGCGGCAGUGGCGGUGGUGGUGGUGUUGUGCGUGUGAAGCCCAACCCGCUGAUGUGCCGCUGGCUGGAGUUCUCCUCCAACGGCAACCUGUUCGCCUCGGUUGCGUUCCUGGUGCUGACGCUGCUGUUCACGGGGCUUACGCGGGUGCUGCGGUGGGCGAUGCCGGCGCAGGAGGGGUACGAGCCGGACCCGUACCGGCUGGUGGAGAUGUGGGUGCUGCAGUGGGCGGAGGGCGCGGUGAUGGCCAUGGGUCAGCGGCUGAGCGCGGCGGAGGGGGUGUCGGGGCUGCCGCAGACGGCGCUGGCGCUGUCGCUGUUCAUGAUGGCGCUCGCCUGCGUCGUCGUGAGCCAGGUGGUGGCUCUGGCCUUCACGGUGAGUGUCGACCCGCGGGUCGGCAUCUACCAGAGCGGCCUGUCGGACUUUGCCGCCGCGGUGGCGUCCAUGCAGCUGCAGGAGGCGUCGCGGCAGAGCAUCGCCAUCACAGUGGAUAGGUGCAUGAGCGAGGCGCUCGACAGCUGCUCCGCGCUGCUGGUGCUGGUGGAGCAGGUGGCCCCCCGCACCGCCACCUUUGACGGCAUGGUGUCCCCGCUGGCGCCCAAGUCCUCCGCGCCACCCAGCCGCACCGGCCUCCGCAGCGGCAGUGUCACCGGCAUGACACCCCCGCCUGCGGGCGCGGGCACGGGUGCGGGGCUGUCAGGGUUCGACCCGCAUGCCACGGUGUAUGUGUUGCAUGACCAGCUGCUGGGCUCGGACAUGCCGCCGUACAAGCUGCCUCUGGAGCAGCUGCCCAGCAUUCUGGACUCGCUGCACAGCGGCGCAACGCUCUUCAACAACGACAUCACCAAGGCCAGCGAGGAGCUGCUGAACAAGCACGCCGACUGGCGCAGCGCCCGCGACCUGGAGGGUGCCCGCAGCGUGUGCGUGGUGCCGCUGUUCUUCAGCGGGCAGCCGCAGGGCGCACUGGUGCUGCACAGCCCUCUGCCCGAUGUGAUGGACUCCGUGUUCGUGGGCUGCGUGCAGCAGCUGGCGGCGCAGCUGGGGCAGAUGGUCUACCUGAAGCGCGCGCUAGAGGACGUGCGUGCGGACGAGCAGCUGCUGUCAGACCUGAUGCCCAGCCACGUGGCGCUCACCCUGAAGCGCCGCUUCAUGACGUCCAACGACGAUGCGCUCAUGCUGCCCAUGUUUGCCCAGCAGCAGCAGCAGCAACAACAACAACCCGCAGCGGUAGCCGCAACAUCUGCUUUCGGCAUGAGCGGCGGCGGCGGCGGGGUUAGUGGUAGCGGAGGCGGGGAGGUGGCGCGGGGUAGCAGCAGCAGCUUGCACAGGGCCUCCCUGGACGCCAGCUUGCCGCAGAUGAGGUCCGGCGGGUCGGUUGGUGCGGCCGGGGCAGGGGCAGCUGGUGUCAGUAGCGGCGCAGGCGUUGUGGCAGGGGUGACUGGCUCGGGAGGACUGGUGUCCCCGUGCAGCACCGUUCCCAAGCGGUCCAUGAGCGUGCGGCGGGUGACCGCGGGUGGGCUGUUGGCGGGGGCGGUGCCGCGGACGUCGCAAGGGGGAGAGAGCAGCAGCGCGGUGGAGGGAGGCGGCGGUGGUGGGGGGGGUGGUGUCGCCGAGCCGGCUGUGAUGACUUUAGAGACGCCGGUGGGGCUGGUGUACCAGCAGUGGCACAGCAACGUGACGGUGCUGUUCGCGGACAUUGUGCAGUUCACGCCCAUGAGCCAGGCGAUGGAGCCGCAGCAGGUCAUGUUGAUGCUGCACGAGCUGUUCACCCGCUACGAUGCGCUGCUGGAGCGGCACAACGUGUACAAGGUGGAGACCAUCGGAGACUGCUACAUGGCCGCCACAGGGCUGCUGGCUGAGGAUCCCGACCACGCCACGCACAUGUUUGACUUUGCGUGCGGCAUGUUGGCGGCCGCCGCCACCGUGGCCGUUCCGCUGCAGGGCCACGGCAGCGUGCGCAUCCGCGUGGGCAUGCACACGGGCAAGGUCAUGAGCGGGGUGGUGGGGACGGUGAGGGCGCGGUACUGCCUGUUCGGCGACACCGUCAACACCGCCAGCCGCAUGGAGAGCACCGGUGUGCCGGGAACAAUCCAGGCGUCCGAGACCACGUAUCACGCGCUGCCAGCUGAGCGGCAGGCCGUCUGGCGCUGCAGGGGCGCUAUCGAUGUCAAGGGCAAGGGCAACAUGAACACGUAUUUGUAUGCGCCGAGCGACUCGGCGGCAUCCGUGCGGGAGUGAUAACGGCUUUCCUGGGGUCAAGAUUCACGUGCGCGCUGCGACGCGUUGCAAAAAUAGGGGGCGCAUUAAAUGCGGCGGCGACUUUAGAUGUGUGGAUAGUUGUUGCCGGAGUUUCUCCUGCGCGAGACGGGUCUGCAUUCCUUGCCCCUGCUUGCAUGGUGUGAUUUACAAGGGGCGCAGCAUAUGGCCAUUCGAGAUGCGCAUCAGCUGGCUUUCCGCAUGGGGGGUGGUCUGUCCGCAGCCGCGCACGCAGCAUGCGCCACGCAUGCAGGUGGUGGCACUCAUCGGCAGUACUCAAGCGCAUGGGACACUGCUCGUCACAUUGCACCCCGCUGUGUCUUCGCAACCAGGCAGGGCACGUGGAAGCAGCUCGCCUUGCAACCACGGAACGAAGAACCCAGUGGGGGCCCUCGCAGUGCCUCCUCGCUCCGCCCGGUGUCGGGAUAUCGCUGUGCUCGUACCUGGCAUUGGGGCGGAGAUUGCUGGGGGCUGCAUUGGAGGGUGGUACGUCGUGGAUACGACCACCAUGUUUGCUCGGUAGGAGACGCUUCUACCGUACAUGGUUUGCGGGCCUUGAGGUGGGCGUCAUAGUCUCAUAGCUACUCGAAGGCCCCAGCCGAGAAACAUACAGGCAGGCAGCAAGCUACCGACGUGCUUACGGAUCGAGGGUAUCCUUGGCAGUCGUAUGCUGUUAUGCGUCCGGACACUCGCAUGCUGGUGUGUUGGUGUUUUGUUUCGCGUGGUACUGCAGUUGGUGUUGCCUCGUGUUUAACUGCUGUUUCGGCUUUAUUAUGGGGCAUAAGUAAGGGCAGAAGUAAGGGUACGGAUAAUUAGAAGGUACGGCAGCAGCAGGGCGCGUACAUCAACGUUACAUGCUUCGUUUUGGGGGCAGGUCUUCUGUUGUCCUAGCACCUAGCAUGUCCUAGCAUGCUGUGCUUGUGUUGCGUGCUUUGGUCUCAAUUCAAAUCCACAUCUUCCUUCCUAGCUGACUAGCUGACUGGCAAACCCUGUGUGCCGGCCUGGCAUCCGCGUUUGGAGCGACCGUCGGAGCGACCGUCGGAGCGACCGUCGGAGCGACCGUCGGAGCGACCGUCGGCGAACCAAAAACCGCGCGGAACCUGCAGCAUUGAAGUCUGGCAGACACAGGCUGCAUAGUGUUUGCAACACCCGUUUACUUUUGGUUUUGUUACCGUAAAUACACACCUUGGGUUGCAGAGGGCCAGCGUACAGGAGGGAUGCAACUGCUGUAUCCGGGGGGGCCAUUGACGGUGGCCGCUUGACGCGCGAUGGCUCAUUGCGCACUGGGGAAGCCCCUGUUAAGCUUAUAACUUUGGUUUCACUGCGGCACCACUACCGUAUACUUGACGUUUUUUUCGGGGGUAUUGUGGAUUGUGUGCUGUCUUACUUUGGCAAUGUUGCCUUUGUCAAUCGCUAUGAAGAAUUUCCAACAUCCGCCGGUAUCCCCGUAGAGGCCGGUUGGCAUGUUAGUGGGUAGCGUGGCAGCUGCUACUGGCUUGCAGCCUUGCGCGGCUAGGAAUGGAAAAUUACUGUGACUAGGUGUGGCGAAGUCUGAUGAGAGCCGACGGAGCGUGUGUCGUUACUGGAGGGGGGGAGAGUCGUACGAGGACAACCGCGGUCACGGCAGCGGAAGCUACCUGACUGGGAGGGGUCCUGCGCGGUCGUACAGAAAAAUUGAGUGUUGCAGCACUUGAGAAGCACUUUCCUGACCCUGCCGCAGCAGGAAGGUCAGAUACUGCUGUGCCAAAGUUGCACGGGCCCCAGACUGCCUGCCCAUUUUGGUGGCGUCUUGCAAGUUGACAGUUGGGUGACGCGGGUUGUCGCAUGCCGCGGUGCUAAGGCGUGAAGGUGCUGUUGCUGCUGCUGCUGCUGCUACGGGUGUCUUGGGUUCUCUUCAGCACUUCAGCACUCUUCAGCACUUCAGCACUCUUCAGAACUUCAGCAGCUGGUUUGUAUCGGGGUGUCAUGGGGUUGUGGUUGUGUGUGUUGUGAACGAGCGGUGGGGCGGGUGAGUGCGGGCAUGUGGCGGGCGCGGGUGUGUAUGGGCUGCUGGGCGAGUCAUGCCUUGUACCGCUGCCUCGUGUUGCACGACUUGCACUGUAAUCCGGUGUAGGAGGACUUGGGUUAGCGCUGCGCUUUAAUGCUCUUUCCUUUUGUCAUUGUUAUGCAUGUAUGGAAGUGUGGAAGUUCGGUUUGGGCUCCCAGGCCCGCCGCCCACAGGUCACUAAUGUCCGGUGUCUGCAAGGCCGUGUGCUUGCGUCGUACUGCAACCCGUUUUGUUGUGCAUCCGUGCUUUGGGGUUGCAUUAGCGCCUUACCAAGCCGUGUAACUAUGUUUGGGCAAACGGUGCCCUUAACGGUCGAUGAGUGUCAGUUCGCUGUCCAAGUAAAGCCGCAGCCACCCUUGUAGCAGCCCUUUCGACCCGUUGGGGUGUUGUAUGCUGGCUGAAGCAAUUCUCGACAGAUAAACACCCAAUGAGUACAGAUGUUUUACACAAGAACACAAGAAUCUCCGGCACAAC